AUGGCUUCUCAGAUCAUCAACGUCUUCUUGACUUCGUUUCCCGGUCUUGAUUUGAGGCAACAGCUUUCAGAUCGACUUCCACACAUAGACUCUCGACUCAUUUUUACCACUACCUCAAACAAGGAGGUUUUCUCUUCGGAAGCCCCAGUAGCCACCUUACUUUCCAGUCCCAAUGACGCAUUCCUACCUCUCCGACUCUCGGUACCGUUAUGUGGUGGAAAGGGUGGUUUCGGCUCCCAGCUUCGUGCUGCUGGUGGGCGCAUGUCCUCCAAGCGAAAGAACAACCAAGGCGAUAGUAAUAGCUCCAACCGCAACCUGGAUGGCCGGCGUCUCAGGACAGUCAACGAAGCGAAAGCCCUGGCUGAGUACCUCGCGCUGAAACCAGAAAUGGAGAAAAAAGACAAGGAAGCCAGACGAGCUCGCUGGGAGCAAGUUGUUGCUCUUUCCGAAAGAAGAGAGGAAGAGAUUCGAAAUGGGUCAAAGGGAAAAGUCGACGGCAAAUGGGUGGAAGAUAAAGAAGAAGCUGGAGAGCGGGCGCGAGAAGCAGUGCUGACGGCAAUGAGAUCUGGAGAUUAUCAUGACAAUCUCAAGGAGUCCUCCAGCGGUAGUUCUAGCGGCGCAUCUGCUCAGACAAGUGAAGAGAGCGAAGAAGAGGAUAUGAGAGACUUGAAACAAAACGCACUCGCAGUUUCCUCGAUUUUACAACCAACCCCUACGCUCGCCAGGUCAUACUUCGGCUUCGACGAAGACGACGAUUUCAUGAGUGAUGACGGAGAGGGAGAAGACCGGGCCGACGAUACCACGGUAGAUGUCACUGCAUCUGUAAACGGCAAGGGCAAAUCAAAAGCCAUGGCACGGCCUCCGAGACCUCGCAAGCACCAGCUCCAUGUUGAUGCUACCACAACACCCUCACACGGCUUUCCAACUCCUUCACAACUGUUAAAUCUUCCACGAUCAUGCCCAGGUUGCGGUGCGUUUACACAGACCGUAAGCCCGGGGCAGCCUGGCUUCUAUGGCAACAAUCGAAAGUCCGUGAAGGCUUUCAUAAGUCGCCAUGGGCAAUGCCCGGAUAAGGGACAUGAUGGGGAAUUAAGACUGUUCGAACGCAUCUUAGGAGCUGCAGACGCAUCUUUGUUGUCUCAGAUGGGCCUACAGGGAGGAGGGGAAAACAAUACAGAGGUCCAUCCAACAAUCAGAUCUAUUCAAGAAAUCAUUGCCGAAUCGCCGCAUAAAUACAACCACGUCUAUCAUGUUCUGGACGCAGCUGAUUUUCCACUUUCUCUCAUACCUUCUCUUCAACGAAGUCUUUCGCUAGCACCGCAAAGAUCAUUGAAUAGGAGAGCUAAAACGAGUCACUAUCAAUAUGGGCGGAAAGCGGAGAUGAGUUUCAUCAUUACACGUUCGGAUCUGUUGGCCCCGAAGAAGGAGCAGGUCGACAGCCUGAUGCCUUACAUCUUACAAGUCCUUCGAAAUGCUUUGGGUGGAUCCGCUGAAAACCUGCGCCUCGGUAACGUGCGCUGUGUAAGUUCAAAAAGGGGUUGGUGGACGAAACAGGUCAAGGAAGAUAUCUGGAAUCGAGGUGGAGGUGGGUGGAUGGUCGGCAAGGUGAACGUCGGCAAAAGCAAUCUGUUCGAGAACAUCUUUCCGAAAGGUCGGAGCAAUGACCUUAAUUUUGGCUCCUUCCGGUAUGCUGCGCAGCAGAAACUGCCUCGUGACGUACCUGAUGCCAACGGAGACGAACAACGGAGGAGCCAAUCAACCCAGGACCCGCCCAAGGAAACGGAAUCACAGCUCUUAGAAGACUCUUCCUUGCCUCCUGCGCCACCAGAAACUCCGUACCCUGUGUUGCCUUUAGUAUCGUCUCUCCCUGGGACGACAGCGUCUCCAAUCAGAGUACCAUUUGGCGGCGGCAGAGGCGAGUUGAUCGAUUUACCUGGUCUGGCGCGUGGGGAUCUUGAACAAUUCGUUACGGAUGUUCACAAGGUUGAUCUUGUAAUGCAUGAUCGGGUCAAGCCAGAGCAACUCGUGAUCAAGCCUGGCCAGUCACUCCUCGUUGGGGGCCUGUUGCGUAUCACGCCGACUACGCCUAAUUUGAUCUUUUUGGCCUACCCGUUUCUACCAUUGAGGUGCCAUGUUACCUCUACAGAACGGGCAAUUGCAAUUCAUACUCAGCACGAAGAUUCCGGUGUAUCUACAAUUGCGAAACCGGGCAUUGGAAGCAGGAUGCAAUCAGCCGGGAGUUUCUCCUUGGAAUGGGACGUCACCAAGCAGCGCGCUGGACCAUUGACCAAGGCUGCCGCUGCCGGAUUGAGCACGAAAACAUUGCCAUUCAUGGUGUUUUCGGCUGACAUCCUGGUCGAAGGAUGCGGCUGGGUCGAACUUGUUGCUCAGGUUCGGAAAAGGGACAUGGAAACGGGGAUGGAGCCUGGUGACCUUUUCGACACCAGACCAUAUCCAAGGGUUGAGGUUUCUAGCCCUGAUGGCGGCCAUGUAGGAGUUCGCCAGCCUAUGAAUAUUUGGUCGCUCUGUGGUGAGAAGCCUGUGUCGUCGAGCAAAGGGCUCGUGAGGCCAAGACGUAGCAUGAAAGGGGUCAAGAAAAACUUGAAGAAAGCCAGGAGGGCAGUAUCGUCAUCCUAA